CGGACGUCAGAGGACGAACAAGUAACCGUAGUUUACAUCCCCUCUGGUCCAUGAGCAUGUUCCCUGCUCGAGUGAGGGGUGCACAGAGGCUGCUGCAGUGCAGACACACAGUGGGGGGUCCUCCUUCACCUGGGAGGGCCUUCUCCUCCAGACUGGUGCUGGGCGUGGAGACGAGCUGUGACGACACUGGAGCGGCUGUGCUGGAUGAGACGGGUAAAAUCCUGGGAGAGUCUCUCCAUUCACAGAAAGAAGUGCAUCUGAGGGCCGGAGGCAUCAUCCCCACAGUGGCACAGCACCUCCACAGGGAAAACAUAGAGCGUGUGGUCCAGGAGGCUCUGGAGAGAAGUGGAGUGCACCCGAGCCAGCUCGCGGCUGUGGCCACCACGGUGAAGCCGGGCCUGGCCCUGAGCCUGGGCAUCGGCCUCGAGUUCAGUCAGAGGUUUGUGCGGCAACACAACAAACCGUUCAUCCCCAUCCACCACAUGGAAGCCCACGCCCUGACCGUCAGGAUGCUUCAUCCCGUGGCCUUCCCCUUCCUGGUGCUGCUCGUCUCUGGUGGCCACUCACUUCUCGCCGUGGCCCGAGGGGUGGACGACUUUCUGCUUCUGGGUCACACUCUGGACGAAGCUCCAGGGGAUAUACUGGAUAAAGUGGCGAGACGCUUGUCCCUCGUCAAUCACCCACAGUGCUCCACCCUUAGUGGAGGACAGGCCAUCGAGCUUCUGGCAAAGAAUGGGGACAGGAGGAGGUUCCGUUUCAGAACGCCCAUGGGUCAAACUCACGACUGCUGCUUCUCUUUUGCUGGACUACGGAAUCAAGUCACAAUGACGAUACUAAAAAAAGAGGCAGAGGAAGGAGUAGAACAGGGGUCACUGCUGUCAUGUGUGAAUGACAUUGCAGCAGCCACGCAGCACACUGUCGCCUCUCAUCUCGCAAAGCGAACACAUCGUGCCAUCUUGUUCUGCAAGGCAAACGGCCUGCUGCCAUCAAGCACUCCAACUUUGGUGCUUUCUGGAGGAGUUGCAAGCAACCAGUAUAUCCGCAAGGCUUUGACCAUCAUCGCUGAGACGACAGGACUGCGCCUGCUCUGUCCUCCGGCCAAAUUCUGCACCGACAACGGAGUGAUGAUUGCAUGGAACGGUGUUGAACGUCUGAGGGAAAGCAAAGGAAUACUGCCUCCACAUGUAGACGUCCGCUACGAGCCUAAGGCGCCGCUGGGUGUCGAUAUGUCAGCGGAGGUGAAGGCAGCGGGGAUCAAGUUGCCAUCAGUCAAACUCAAGAUCCUCAACUGACAACACUGUUGUUUUUGUCCUGGACAAACAAUACGUUUGUAACACCUGGAUUUUCCCCCGGUUCAAAGUAUAUACUAUGUAUAUUUUGUAUAUGUAUACAGCACGCAGAUAUUUAUUAAUAAAUGUGUUGUUGUACAUCUCAGUUCUUAAAAUCAAAUUCAGCAAAGUU